GUGUCUUUCUACUUAUAUGCAUUUCAUCGACGCGUACCUGCAUAUGUGUGGAUUCUUUCGUGGAGAAAAUAUCCAAAAUGCCCAAUAUUAAACUGCAGUCCUCGGACGAGGAAAUCUUCGAUACCGACAUCCAGAUCGCGAAGUGCUCUGGAACUAUCAAGACAAUGCUUGAGGAUUGUGGAAUGGAGGAUGAUGAGAAUGCUAUUGUCCCUCUGCCGAAUGUGAAUUCUACCAUUUUGCGUAAAGUUCUGACCUGGGCCCACUACCAUAAGGAUGAUCCUCAGCCCACUGAAGAUGACGAGAGCAAGGAAAAGCGCACCGACGACAUCAUCUCGUGGGACGCCGAUUUCCUCAAAGUAGACCAGGGCACACUCUUCGAGCUAAUCCUGGCCGCCAAUUACCUAGAUAUCAAGGGUUUGCUCGAGCUGACUUGCAAGACCGUGGCAAACAUGAUUAAGGGAAAGACUCCAGAGGAGAUACGUAAGACUUUUAACAUUAAGAAGGACUUCACUCCCGCCGAAGAGGAGCAGGUGCGCAAGGAGAAUGAGUGGUGCGAGGAGAAGUGAGAAGGCGUAAAAGGGAAGCGGUUGACCAUCAAGCCGCCUUCAGCUGCUGGCUGAUUACACAAUAAUUUAAUAAUUUUCAUUUAUUUAUUUUUUAUUAACCCUAUUCUGCGGUUACUUUGUCAUAUACUAAUUAAAAUAUGCGAAAUGUAUAUGCACCCUAUGCGUACCCUUUGUACCCUAUGCGUAAGAAAAAUAGCUUCACAUGAAUAAAUUUAACCAAUCUAAAAAAA